CCGCCCGCAGGUGCGCGCCGCCCAGGACCCGGCCGCGCGGGGCCGCCACAAAGGCCGGCUGCGGCGGGGCGGGGAGCGGGGAGCGGGGCCGCGGCCCGGGAGGAGCCCCGGGCGGAGCCGCCGCCGCAGCCGGGCCCGAGGGGAGGCGCAGCGCCCCCCGCCGGACGCGGGCAGCACAGGCCCCGAGGAUGCGGCGCUGAGCCCCGGAGCCCCCGCAGCGCCCCCGGACGGCCUGCUGACCCGGGUCCCCGCAGCAGUGCACGCCCCGCCGGACCCCCAGCGCAGCCAUGCUGGCCUGCCUGCAGAGGACCCAGGACCCCCCGGGCCAGCACCUGACCCGCCCCAGCAAGAGCCUGGAGCUGCGGAAGUGUGAGCCGGCGCUCAGCUCCAUGCAGGCCCCCCGCUACCCCAGCCCGGCCGAGCUAGACGCCUACGCCGAGAAGGUGGCCAACAGCCCGCUGUCCAUCAAGAUCUUCCCCACGCACGUCCGAGUGCCACAGCACAAGCACCUGGGCCGCACGGUCAACGGCUACGACACCAGCGGCCCACGCUACAGCCCCUACGCGCCGCCCACCGCCUACCAGGGUCUGCUGGCCGUCGUCAGGGCUGCUGCCGCUGUGCCCGGUGCCCCCGCCAAGGGCGUCCUCAAGAGCGCCGAGGGCAAGCGGACCAAGCUGUCGCCCGCUGCCCUACAGGUGCAGGUGGGCGUGGCACCCUACCCCGUGCCUGGUACCCUGGGGCCCCCGGCCUACGCCAAGCCGCCAGAGGUGCCCGGCCUGCCUGCCGCCCCCGCCCCCUCCCUGCCCCUACCUGGCCGUGGCCUGGCCCUGCCACCCGCCCACCUGCCGUCCAUCCACAGCCUCCUGUGCCAGCUCGGCCAGCAGGGCCAGCCCCCACCCACACCCAGCCCCGCGGCACACGGCCUGGCCUACCCCGCACCCGGCCUGCCAGAGCGGCGGAAAGGUGCCGAGCUGGGGCUGGGGGCCGUGGCGCUGGCUGGGCCCAGCAAGCCGGCCGGCUACUCGGACGGCGGCCUGGACCACCUGCUGUGGCCACAGAAGCCCCCACCACCGCCACCCGUGCCGCCCCGGGCCUACCUGGGCGGCCCCAGCAAGUCCCCCGAGUCCUGCGCCCCCGGCCGGAGCUCCCCCCUGCACUGCAGCCUGGGGCUGCCCUCCGUCUUCCCCGCCGGCCAGUACUUUGCAGGGCCCUGGAACAGCGUGCUGGCCACCCCCACCAGUGACGGUUUUCAUGCAGCGGCCGGGCCGGCGGGGGCAGAGCUGGGGCCGGGGGCGGCGGCCAAGAGCGUGUGCAACGCGGCCGCCCUGAGCAGCAGCCUGCAGUCACUCGAGUAUCUCAUCCAGGACCUGCGGCCGCCCUGCAUCAAGGAGCAGAUGCUGGGCAAGGGCUACGAGACGGUGGCCGUGCCCCGGCUGCUAGACCACCAGCACGCCCACAUCCGCCUGCCCGUCUACAGAUAGGCCCGCACCCGGGACUGGCCGCCCGGCACCCGCCUCCCGCUCACAGCCUCACCUGCACCUCGCCCACACAGUGGGCACAAGCCUGGCGGAAGCCCCGUCUCCUCCUGGGUGCAGGGCAUGGGCGGGGUGAGGGUCGCCCCCCAGAUCUCCUGGGGUAGCAGCAGUCACGGGCCCACAGCACCCCUGGCCAGGCCAGCCCGGGGAGGACACUCUAGCAGAGGCUCCAGGGAUGGCCAGUCCCCCCACCCCCUCCCCGGCACCGAGAUGCUCCCUGCUCUCCAGGUCACCCCCUCCCCCACCCCUGGGCCACCUCACGGGGCAGCUGGCACGGCCAUGCGGGCUGGGCACUGCACAAGGCACCUCGCCCCAGGGAUCCUGUGGGAUCCCGAUAUGGACACUCGAUACGACGUUUUCCCCACGCUUGAGGAAGGGCCCUUUCCCUCUUGGCACAAAGAUGUCCCUGGGGGUAGCAGGGAGGCCUGCCUUCUUAGAGGGGCUCCCAGGAGCUGGUGGGAGAGGGCAGCCUGCUGACUCCCAUCUGGUCAGCCCCCCACGCCCACCAGUUGUCCUCUCCGAGUGGCCCCCGAGUGGGGGGGUGACGUCACGUCCCCGGUCUCCGAGACCCUGUCCCCCGGGCGCCCCAAAAGCGGUACUGUAUCUCUCUCCAGGGCCUGUUUCAGCACUAAGUGCAUUUACAAAUCUCUGAGAAUGUUUUUUUUAUACUAAGAUCGACCAUUAUAUUCUACUGUGAGA